AUGGUUGCCUCCGAAAAAAAUGAAGACUGCAAGGGUUAUGUACCUGAGCAUCUCUCUAUUCCUCCAGCACUGAAAAAGACAAUACUAGAAACAGCCGGUCCACAAUCUAUUUACACUUGUUAUCUCGAAUUCCAUGCUGGUAUGGACCUUAACAAGAACGACACAUAUUGUACUGGUGAUUCAAGUAGCUAUGAAUGUAAACUCUCUUCUCGUGUGGAGGCAACAAAACGAACUUUUAAACUUGACUCGAUACUCUGGCAUAAUAGAAGUGAUUCAGCACCGGCGGCAGCCCGUCCUGUUGCAUAUGGAGCAGUAUUAGAGAAAAGGUAAUA